UAUGAUACCACAAAUAUUUAAAUGACCAAAAAACAAAUGCCAGAAAAUAUUAACUAAUGAGGGCAGCUUGGUCCAUUCACAUCCCCCAGAGUUACAGAAACAACAUUCGGGGAGCAUCUUUUUCCCCCAAAAGAAGUAACAACAUGAGUUCACACCAAGGACUUUUCUCCCCACUUAACACCUCCAAAAAAGAAAAGGCAAAAAUAAUUCUGGAAAAUCAAAACACAACUGAAUCGUGCACGCCUCAACCUAUAUAUAGAUGGUCCCAAGAGCAAUACAUUUCUCCAAAUCCAACAUGACAACCCUCAAAAUAAUCAAGAAGCAUCAUAAACAUCUCAAUAACCCCUUCCCUUCCAAUCCAAGAUCUCUCCCUCUUGUUCGGGGAACCCUGUUCCUCAAUUCCCAGAAACUGCCUUCACACCAGAUUUAUGGUAUUGGUAAGGAUUUUCAGUUAACAUGGAGAUCAAAGAAUGGUGGGUCCCUCUCAAUUUCUCAUCAAUCUCAACCUGCCAGACCCAUAUGGUCUACCAUCCCUGGACAAGCUUUUCUCUCUGCAGCAUUAGCCGAAACAGAGGUGGAAGAGAGCAGGGGAUCAUUUGUCAUCAAAGAUAGAGAUGUUCAUUUGGUAUGUCAUCAUCAGACUAUUGAAGAAAUAAAGGUGAUCAAUCAACAUGAUUACAGUGAAGAAGCAAAAGAUCUAGAUUUUUUGUCUUUGUACAUGGGAUUGGAUCAAAAGACAGAACCAAAGUGUACCCAAUUCCCUGCUUUGCUAAUAACAGGAAAGAUUUUCAGCGUGAAGAAAAAAAAGAAGGUUCAAAUUUCAAGCUCCAAUGACAACUCACCACUUGUGGAGAACGAACAUUCCACUUCUGCAAGGUAUUGGAUUUGGUUUGAUCAAAAAACCAAUAACCAAAUAGGUUUUCAAGUAAGAAUUGGUAAAACCAAUUUCAAAUUUCGACGUAGUGUUUCUCCUGGAACUUAUAGAGGUUUUGCUCGGAAGUUUGGUCGAACCCGUAGGGGUAGAGUUGGGUGGUUUGGGUUCUUUCCAAGGCGAAAAGGGUUUGUCACACUUUCAUCACAAGAGGAGGAAAAAGUUGUAAUGAAGGCUGCAGAAUUCAGAAAUUUCAAUAGGAUUUGUCUCACGUAUUCAAGUGAAAAGAAUGAAAGAUUCUAUGGUUUUGGAGAGCAGUUCUCUCACAUGGAUUUUAAAGGAAAGAAAGUGCCUAUUUUUGUCCAAGAACAAGGGAUUGGGAGAGGAGAUCAACCAAUUACAUUUGCAGCUAAUUUGGUUAGCUACAGGGCUGGAGGUGAUUGGAGUACAACAUAUGCUCCCUCACCAUUCUAUAUGACAUCGAAGAUGAGGUCGCUCUACCUUGAAGGGUACAAUUACUCAGUUUUUGAUCUAACAAAACAUGAUAGAGUUCAAAUACAGAUACAUGGAGAUUCUGUUGAAGGAAGGAUAUUGCACGGGAACUCACCUUCUGAGCUCAUUGAACACUUCACAGAAACUAUUGGGAGACCUCCUGAGCUUCCUGAAUGGAUAAUCUCUGGUGCUGUGGUGGGAAUGCAGGGUGGCACAAAUGCUGUACGCCAAGUUUGGGAUGAACUGCAAACCUACAAUGUCCCUGUAUCAGCAUUCUGGCUGCAGGAUUGGGUGGGCCAGAGGGAGACAGCGAUUGGAUCGCAACUUUGGUGGAACUGGGAAGUGGAUACAACAAGGUAUUGGGGAUGGCAGCAACUGACUAAAGAUCUUAGCGCUCAGCACAUAAAAGUGAUGACAUAUUGCAACCCUUGUCUAGCUCCGAUGGAUGAAAAACCAAACACAAGGAGAAACCUUCUUGAGGAGGCAAAGAAGUUGGACAUAGUGGUGAAGGACAAGAAUGGAGAACCAUAUAUGGUUCCCAACACUGCUUUUGAUGUGGGCAUGUUAGAUUUGACAAACCCACACACUGCAAGUUGGUAUAAGCAGAUUUUGCAAGAAAUGGUGGCUGAUGGAGUCAGGGGAUGGAUGGCUGAUUUUGGUGAAGGCCUGCCUGUGGAUGCAUGCCUCUAUUCAGGUGAAGAUCCUCUCUCUGCUCAUAAUAGAUACCCAGAGCUAUGGGCUAGAAUAAACAGGGAGUUUGUGGAAGAAUGGCGAAGUACUCGCACGGGUAAGGAAAGGGAAGACCCAGAAGAGGAUUUGGUUUUCUUUAUGAGGGCUGGAUUCAGGGAUAGUCCCAAAUGGGCAAUGCUAUUUUGGGAAGGGGACCAAAUGGUUAGUUGGCAAACUAAUGAUGGAAUUAAAAGUGCUGUAGUUGGCUUGCUGAGUGGUGGAAUGUCUGGGUAUGCUUUAAACCACAGUGACAUUGGAGGCUACUGUGCAGUAAAGUUGCCCUUUUUCAAGUAUCUAAGGAGCGAAGAGUUGCUACUAAGAUGGAUGGAGCUAAAUGCAUUCACUACUAUAUUUCGGACCCAUGAAGGGAACAAGCCAUCUUGCAACAGCCAGUUCUACUCGAACCACAAAACCUUGUCACAUUUUGCACGUUUUGCAAAAGUUUACAAAGCUUGGAAAUUUUACAGGAUCCAACUUGUGAAGGAAGCUUCUCAAAAAGGUCUCCCUGUUUGCCGCCAUCUAUUUCUCCACUACCCAGAAGAUGAACAUGUGCAAAGCUUGACUUAUGAGCAAUUUCUGGUUGGUUCGGAGAUUCUAGUGGUGCCUGUUCUUGACAAAGGCAAAAAGGAUGUAAAGGCCUAUUUUCCAGUGGGAGAAACUUGUGCGUGGAAACAUAUUUGGACGGGAAAAUUUUACACAACAAAAGGCUCUGAAGUUUGGAUAGAAGCUCCGAUUGGCUAUCCUGCCAUUUUUGUCAAGGAGGGCUCGGUUACCGGAGAGACCUUUCUCAACAACCUGAGAGAAUACAAUUUGCUGUAAAGUAGUAGGGUGACUUUUGUAAAAUGUAAAAUACAUUCUGCAUUGUCAACCAGUUCGAGGUUUUAGGUACUAACUUCUUUCAUAGUUGACCAGCUGAAAUCAUUCUUUAUUUUGGGUAUGGGCAAUGUGUACAUUCAACUAAUCAAUAUAAUUAUUUCAAUUUUGUUGGCUAAAUAUUAGUUGCCCUUGCAAACAAGUAUUUCUAACUCACUUUUUCCAACAAUUGAAAACUGUUGCAACCUCAAUGAACUUUAGGAAAAUGAAAAGGA